AUGGAAGUAACGUUACCAUUGGAGCAUGACUCCUCUGUAACUCCGACGACAUCGGUGACUCCAUCUGAGUUAGCGGAAGAGAACGAAAAGUUGAAGCAAAAAGUCCAGGAGCUGCAACAACAGAUUGAAACUCUGCAACUGCAAUCGAGAUUUGGUGUAGAGCGUCUUGCAGGGUCUGAUGAGGACAUUCGGUUUUACACAAGAUUUGCAUCAUACCAGCACUUCCAGGCCUUUUGGCAACUUGUGGAGUCAGCAGCGAAUACCAAGAUGGUGCGGGUCACCAGUGCCAGUGCAGCCGGUGCAACUCAACACAGAUCAACAAAACUUGCGCCCAUAGACGAGUUACUUCUGUUCCUAAUGCAUCUCUCCGUUGGCCUAUCUCUCCGUGAUCUUGCCAACCGUUUUGGUAUCCACCGCACCACUGUCAGCAGAAUUAUAACGACCUGGACACACUUUCUGUACUACCUUCUUGGUUCCAUCAGGCUGUGGCUACCAAAAGAGGUUGUACAAGCUCACUUACCACCAGAGUUUUCCACAUACGCCGACACACAAGUGGUGCUGGACUGUACAGAAAUAUUUUGUCAAACACCCUCAUCUCUUGUUCUGCAAAGUGAGGUGUUCUCCAAUUACAAGUCACACACCACUUUCAAGGCCAUGAUUGGCAUUGCCCCCCAUGGUCCCAUCACCUUUGUCUCUCCGCUGUAUGCAGGUUCUAUGAGUGAUAGGGAAAUUUUCAGAAUUUCAGGGAUUACAAAAUUACUCACAGCUGACAUGGCAAUUAUGGUAGACAAGGGGUUUCUUGUGGAUGGUCUUGUACCCUGCAAAGUUUACCGGCCUGCUUUUCUGUCAAAGAAAACUCAGAUGAGUAAACAGGAUGUUGAACAAACACAGUCCAUCGCCCGUCUGCGGGUUCACGUUGAAAGGUGUAUCCGGAGAGUUAAAGAGAAUAAACUGUUUGAAAAAGUUAUUCCCUUAUGUGUGUGUGGGAGUAUUGAUCAACUGUUCAGUGUGGCUUGCUUCUUGGUAAACUACCAAAAUGGACCCCUUGUCAAGGCAUGGGCAACUCAGCAGUGA